GCAGUCGUGGGUUCAAAGUGAUCACAACCACUUGAGGGUGAUUUUAAAUGGCUUCACAUAGACAUUAAACAAUCCUUACAGAAAUAAUGGACAUGGAUCAAGGGCUUACUCUGAUAUCAAUGUAACAUUAGUGAAUGAGGGGGGAGAAGUGAAGCAAUACACAAGUUUGUUUUAUAAAAUUGCAUAAAAUACUGUAAUGCAGUUAUAUGGUGCGUUUAAUAGUUGUGAAAAUACGGUAUUUCGUGAGAAAUCCUGCAUCACCGGUCAACCAACCAAUGUUUCUGUCCCUCAUCUACCUCUCUGUCUCUCUCUUCUCAGGAGUAAAACAGCAACACUAACUGACCACAGGAUCCGUCUAAUGAAUGAAGUCGUUUCUGGGAUCCGAAUCAUUAAGAUGUAUGCCUGGGAAAAGCCUUUCUCAGCUCUUGUCGACGAAGUCAGAAGGAAAGAAAUCUCCAAGAUAAUGUCCAGCUCUUAUCUGCGGGGCCUCAACAUGGCCUCUUUCUUCUCUGCCAGCAAGGUCAUUUUGUUUAUAACCUUCACUGUGCAUGUGUUGCUGGGCAACACUAUCUCCGCCAGUCGUGUGUUUGUGACGGUGUCCCUCUACAGUGCUGUGCGCCUCACCGUCACACUCUUCUUCCCGGCGGCUGUUGAGAAGCUCUCGGAGUCUCUUGUCAGCAUCCGCAGGAUUAAGACGUUCCUGUUGCUUGAUGAGAUUGUGAAGCACAACCCAACCCUGCCUGAGACGAAGACAAAAGAGAGCUCCGUGGAGAUACAGGACCUCGUGUGCUACUGGGACAAGAGUCUGGACGCCCCGACGCUGCAGCGUGUGUCCCUCACUGUGAAGCCUGGCCAACUCCUGGCUGUCAUCGGACCAGUUGGAGCAGGAAAGUCCUCUCUACUCAGUGCCAUCUUAGGAGAGCUGCUGCCAGAUAAAGGCGUGAUAAAGGUUCAUGGUGAGCUCACAUAUGCAUCCCAGCAGCCCUGGGUUUUCCCCGGAACCAUCCGCAGCAACAUCUUGUUUGGCAAAGAGAUGCAGAAGCAGAAGUAUGAGAGGGUCUUGAGGGCCUGUGCUUUGAAGAGGGACAUGGAACUGCUCCCUCAGGGUGACCUCACCAUCAUUGGGGACAGGGGGGCUACCCUCAGUGGAGGACAGAAGGCUCGUGUCAGUCUCGCUAGGACUGUGUAUCAGGACGCUGAUGUCUAUUUGCUAGAUGAUCCUCUCAGUGCGGUGGAUGCAGAAGUCGGGAGACACCUGUUUGAGCAGUGUAUCUGUGGUAUACUAAAGAAAAGUCCUCGCAUACUGGUCACCCAUCAGCUCCAGUACCUUGAAGCAGCAGAUCAGAUCCUGGUUUUGAAAGAGGGUCACAUGGUGGCAAAAGGGACCUUUUUAGAGUUGCAGAAGUCAGGCCUAGACUUUACUUCCUUGCUUAAGAGUGAGGAAGAGGACGAGUUAACCUCAGCACUGGAUACGUCACAAGACUCCACCCUGAGAUCCGCUCGCAGCCGAACCAUCUCUCAGAACUCAUCACGCUCACAGACAUCCUCAAUGCAGUCUUUUCAAGAUAUAUCAGACAGUCUGCCGGCGGAGCAGGUUCAAACCGUCGCAGAAGAAUCUCGCUCUGAUGGUACAAUUGGAAUCCGUCUGUAUUUGAAGUAUCUGAUCGCAGGAGCAAAUAUCUUGCUUUUGCUUGGCAUUAUUCUACUCAAUAUUCUUGCUCAGGUAUCAUAUAUUCUUCAGGACUGGUGGCUAGCCUACUGGGCUGCUAAGCAGGCAGAGCUCAACGUUGCUGAUACCAUUAAUGGUAGCAUCUCCCACAUCAACACAACACAAGAACUGGAUUUAACCUUUUAUCUGAGCAUUUAUGCAGGUCUGACGGGUGCUACACUAUUGUUUGGUUUCAUGCGGAGUCUGAUCAUGUUCAACGUAUUGGUGCGUGCGGCUCAGACACUACAUAAUCGCAUGUUCAACUCUAUUCUGCGCACACCGGUGCGCUUCUUUGAUGUCAACCCAAUUGGUAGAGUCUUGAAUCGAUUCUCCAAAGAUAUUGGCCAACUGGAUUCGAUGCUACCAUGGACUUUUGUAGAUUUCAUCCAGGUGUUUUUGCAAAUUAUUGGAGUGAUUGCAGUUGCGGCCUCAGUGAUUCCCUGGAUCCUUAUCCCUGUGAUCCCUCUGCUGAUUGCAUUCAUAUUUCUCCGUCGCUACUUCCUUCAGACCUCUAGAGAUGUGAAACGACUUGAGUCUACCACUCGGAGUCCUGUGUUCUCACACCUGUCAUCAUCACUGCAGGGGCUCUGGACCAUCCGUGCCUUUAAAGCUGCGGAGCGCUUUCAGCUGGCAUUUGAUGCCCAUCAGGAUCUACACUCAGGGGCCUGGUUCCUGUUCCUGACCACCUCGCGUUGGUUUGCUGUGAGACUGGAUGGCAUCUGCGCUAUAUUUGUCACAAUCACUGCGUUUGGGAGCUUAUUGAUCCAAAACAAUACAGAGGCUGGGUCUGUGGGCUUGGCUCUCUCCUAUGCUGUCACACUGAUGGGCAUGUUCCAGUGGGGCGUCCGGCAGAGCGCCGAAGUGGAGAACAUGAUGACCUCAGUGGAGAGGGUUGUGGAGUAUACUGAACUGGAGAAUGAAGCACCGUGGGAAACAGAAAAGCGCCCUCCCCCUUCCUGGCCAUCCAAAGGGCAAAUCACAUUUGACCAGGUCAACUUCUCGUACUACCCUGAUGGACCCGUCGUUCUGAAGAACAUGACGGCUACCUUCAGGCCCAAAGAAAAGGUGGGAAUCGUUGGGAGGACCGGUGCAGGAAAGAGCUCUUUAAUAUCCGCACUCUUCCGGCUGGCGGAACCCAAGGGGAAGAUCGUGGUGGAUUCUUUACAGAUCUCUGAGUUAGGGCUGCAUGACCUGAGGCAGAAGAUGUCCAUUAUUCCUCAGGACCCCGUGCUCUUCACUGGAACCAUGAGGAAGAACCUGGACCCUUUCAGUCAGCAUUCGGACCAGGACCUGUGGAGUGCUCUAGAGGAGGUCCAACUGAAGGCGGUGGUAGAAGAAUUACCAGGGCGGCUGGAGACGGUGCUGGCCGAGUCUGGUUCAAACUUCAGCCUGGGCCAGAGGCAGCUGGUGUGUCUGGCACGUGCUAUCCUCCGCAGGAACCGCAUCCUCAUUAUCGACGAGGCCACUGCCAACGUUGACCACAAGACAGAUGAACUGAUCCAGCGAACCAUCCGAGAGAAGUUCCGAGAGUGUACUGUGCUCACCAUCGCCCACAGGCUGAACACCAUCAUUGACAGUGACCGCAUCCUGGUCAUGAAUGCAGGCCAAAUCCAUGAAUGCGAUACGCCCUACACCCUCCUGCAGAACCCAGAGAGUAUGUUCUUCAAGAUGGUUCAGCAGACGGGGAAGGCAGAGGCAGCCUAUCUGCUGCAAACAGCCAAACAGGCACACCUGAACAAGAGUCAGACCAGUCUGAGCGCACCUGAAGGACCUAAUGCAGAUGGGACUCUGAUCAUCUUUGAAACAGCGCUGUAACUGUGGACUGAGAGCAUAUCACAUCAGCAGGAGCUCAUGAGACUCUCAGCAUGCAUCAGGGGAACCCCACCCCACCGCAAUGUUUGUGCGCAAGCACGCACACACACACAGACACACACACACACACACACACACACACGCAGACACACACAGACACACAGACACACACACACACACACACACACACACACAGAGACACACAAACACAGCCACAUUGUCUGUCCGUCAGCACUGA